AAUCUGACAAAGACACGUGUAAAAGCCGGUGAGCAGCUCUUCGCGGUGCUUAGUUGCUGUGUUUCACUGUUGGCUGCUUCCCCAAUAUCAAGAUGUAUGACUUCAGAAUUUUAUUAUUCAGUUGCAUGGUUUCCGCACUUUGUUAUUACUGUGACGCACAGCCAACAGUGAGGGAACUAAAAUGCGAAGUGUGCAGAGCAGUGAUCAAAGAGUCCAUAACUGCAAUAAACAGCGCAGACCCUAAAAAGGUGGUGCAGAUUGGCAGUUUUAGGUUACAAGGAGACGGAACUCAGAAGCAAAAAGCGGUUCAGUAUGCUGGAUCAGAAAUACACAUGCACGAUGUGUUGGAGGAAGUUUGCUCAACAAUGGACAAUUAUGCACAAGCCACACACAAGGAGACUGGAGAGUUGGCACUUAUAAACCUGUCUAAGGAAGUAGAAAAGCUUAGCAGCUAUACCCUUCUGCCAGAUCCGGACUCCAACACAAAGCUGAAGAAAUACUGUGAAGACAUGCUUGGUGAAUAUGAAGAUGACUUCAUCAGGACUUUUUCAAAGAACAAAAUAAGAGUGGAGCCCCAGGCUUUCAAAAUGCUCUGUGAGAACAAUGAAGAUAUAUGUCAAGUGUCAUCAGCAAAGUCAGAGUUGUAGUCUCAGCACCAGUAGCGUUGCUUCAGGCCAGCACAUGUCCGUUUCCAGCCGUUUUGUUGGGAUGCAUUCGGUCUUUGUUUUCUACUAGGGCAUUUUCUUUAUUUUAAAUCCUUUACCUAUUUAUUCUUACCCUGUUGGACAGCACCAUUCCAUACUGUGAUCAUUUUGUUAAUAAAAAUUUGCUCAGUUCUGCAACA